CCCGCCCGACAAUGAACCAGCGCUCCCCCGUCGCUUGAACGAUGGCCCUCCUCAACUACACCGCUCCCUUUUUGGGCGCCCCCAGCCCGCCGGCCCCGAGCUACUACCAGCCGCCGGCCCACUACGACGCCUACCAGACCCACCAGCAGGGCUACUCCUAUCCGCCGCCGCAGAAGCCCUUCCUGGCCGAGGAGUAUCCCGCGUACCAGCGCAGCCCGCCCGGCCGGCAGGAGCACCGGCACCCGGGGCGCGACUUCCGCGGCCGCCCGGGCUACGACCAGGACCGCCGCGGCCACGACGGCUACAAUAGAGUGAGAAACGGCGGGACUAAGAGUAGAGUGCCGGUGGAUUACGACUACGAGGAAGAGGUGGAGGAGAAGGGCCGUCGCAUCCCCGUGACGCCCAUACAGGGGCCCAUUUAUAUCAAAAACGGGAGCAUACCGGUGGUGCCGCUCUACUCGUAUCCAGUUUUGAGUAACGGGACGUUCGUGCAAAUACCCAUAUUAUGGACAGCAUUAUCUGUAGCAUUAGGAUUAGAAUUAAAAGGCGGUUACAUCCGCGGAGUUCCUUGCAUAAUACGCGAUCUACAACUCUAUUGUCCCACCGCAGGAAACUCCUAUCCACUGGAUCGCAUCGAGUCGUUCAUCGACGAGAACAAGGCCCUGAUGAAGCGGAUGUACGGGGAAUUCGACAUGCCCUACUACGACGACUCCUACGGCCAGGAGGGCUCCUACGGCCCGGGCGAGGGCCGCAGGAAGCGGUCGGCCAAGCCGGGCGUGCCGGACCUGCACACCGACCCCGGUCCGGACCCCGUCCACAGCUUCGAGAAGCUCUUCUCCAAGAACCGCAGCCCCCGGCAGAACUUCAGGAAUAACCAAAGCUCCGAGAGCGGCCGGAUCGACUCCUGCGAGAGCAAAAUCGAAAUAGUGACGCCGUUCUGGGCGUCGAACUCAGCGGGGAAAAUCCGUGCCAUAGUGAACACGCAACAUUUCGAGCAGGCUAUACACCAGGAAGUGUGCGCGAGACAAUCGACCAAGCGGUGUCAAAACGACUGCGGCUGUGAACAGAAAUACAAAUGGCAUCGGCUUCUCGCCUACGAUCCUCAGAACGACUGCAGAGGCAUCUUCAUGGACUGGUUUCUUUUUCCUUCCUGCUGCGUCUGCAGGUGCGCGCCGUAAACCAAAAUUCCUUCCUACCAUUUCUACUUACUUCAGUUUAAGACGGUAAUUUUGCCCUAAUUACUCGAUUAAACUGAACUCUCUGUUUAUUAGGGUAUUGUAACGAUUGAGGAAAAGUUAUAGCUGUUAUAGCGUGUUUUUUCCUAUAAAAAUUAGAAUUAAUUGUAGAUGAAUUAGAUGAUACAACUUGGGUAAUUGCAAUGCUAGCGAAUUUAGUCUUCAGUGUGACUGAUAACUAUGCUGUAGAUGUAUAUUGUAAUUUCUCGUUUUAGUUGGUACUAAAAUUUAAUCUUUUGUUGUUGGAGUCAUGUAGGUAAAUAAUGGUGUUGAUUAAUGACAAGAGAUUAAAUUGUUAUUCGCCACGAAUAUUCUACUCCUACAUUAUUUUAAUAGUUUUAUGUAAGUACAGUAAUUAUUUCUUUGUGUUUGCUAUCAUAAAGCAAUCUUUAAUUACGUGAGUGUGUUGGGUUGAAUGUUAUUUAGGAAUGUGUGCAAUAAAUUUUUUUUGGAAAAUUUGUAAUUUUUAUAUUUCUAAAUUUGUUAAUGAUUGAUCAAAAUAUCGCUGCCAUUUUUUAAUGUAAGUUUGUAGUUUUAAUAAGUUUUAUGUUUUUCUUAUAGAUAUAUAUGUAUUUCCUUUUUACCAUUCUUCUGUAUUAAAUAUUAAAUGUUAGUUGAGAA